CCACCGCAUCGAUCAUCCCACCACCCCCUCCUUCGCCGCACGGCUCACCACGCGACAGUGGUCGCAUCACCGGCAACAUGUCGGACCCCUAUGUUCUUGUCGACCCUCCCCUUCAAGAUCAUGUUCAUCUCAUCUCCGCCCACGGAUUCACUCACACGGCUCACUUCUCUCUGGAGAACGCCUUCCAACAGCUCAGCCAUGCUCCCACAAUAGUCAAAGAGAGGGCCCCUAUGGCCUGGACGUACGUGCAGGCUCCACGCGACGGCACCGUAUGGCUCGAAUGGAUAUCGCCGCGCCGCGAGAAUCGCUUCGCCUCCGACGGCUACGCCUGGGGCGAUCCUGAGCAGACGGGCCGGCAGGAGCGCAAUGGAUACACGAUCGAGUGGAUGACGCACACCGUGGGCUACCGGCCGGGUGUUGAGAACAACAGCAUGGCCUCCCAUGCGCGCACUCGAUUUCACUUCAUCAACAAGAACCCCAACGUCAAUGCGCCGCAUCCCGAUCCCACCCUUUGGAUCGUGCAUUACCAUCAGACCGACCGCAAUCGCAUGCUUCCCGCCAACCAGAUGCCCGUGUCCCAACACGCACGACAACAACUCAACGAGCGCCGCUACCUCGAAUCGCAAGGUCAACUGGACAAGCGCGAGUUCAUGUUGCACGAUCGCGAGCAUUGGCCGGCCAUCAGCCUGCCAGGCAGCGCGGGCCAGCAUAUGCAGCAUCCGCACGCGAUGCAGCAACACGGCAUGUAUGGCAAUCCAGCGAUGAUGCAUGCGCAACAGAUGGGUGCUGCGGCGGGUGUGCCACGCUUUCCCCAGCAGCCUUACGCACAAGGUCAGCCUCCAGCGAAAAGGCCCCGACAUUCUUCUGGCUCUGCAGCUCGCCCUGGCGAACAUGCAUUGGACAUGAGCAUUGAGGACGAGGAGAAUCAAGUCUUGGAUUACUUCGACCAUCUCACACCCCGUGACAUCAGCUUGGCACGCUACAAGCAACACCACUACUGGAUGGAAGAAGUCUUCAACUCCCCGUACGCCUCCUCCGCCAUCGUUCCUCCGGAUCUCGGGCUGGGCCUGAUGGGCGAGCUGAAAGGUCUUACGAAAGGCAUUCUCAACCCGCCUUCUACCGAGGACUACAAGCCUGCACCGCCCGAAGACCCCAGGAAUGGUAGCACUCGCACCAUUAAAGAAGCGCAGGCCUUCACCAAUCUCAAGCGCGAGCAGGUGGAGGAGUUCAACAAACGUGUCGAGAAGCACUUGGAGGAUGGGCGUGCAGAGAUUGAGAGGAUGAAGAAGGAGCAUGCGGAGAAGAUCGCGGGAUGGAAGCAGAGUAAAGCGCUGUUGCAGGCGGAGAAGAAGCUGAGAUAUGCGACGUGGGAAGGGCAUGAGAAUGCCGUGCCUGUCGUAUUUCGGUUGGACGUUCCAACGGCGAAUGGUCAUGCGGAGGAGAAUGGCGCGAAGUCAGAGACGGUGGAAGACAUUGUCAGAGAGUCGAAGGCACUUCUGGGUGGGGAGAUUCAAUCGCACAAGGAGGCGGCGUUGAUCAGGAGGGGAGGCUUGGAGGAAGAGGAGGAGAAAAAGCCCGAGCCCACGCCGCAGCCGGAGAUGGACGUUCAGGAGGACCCCAUGGGAGCUUCCACUGUCGCUGCCUUUCCCGGGCAAGACGAUCUAAAACCCCAAGCACCACUGUCGGAUGUACAAGCCCAGGUUCCGCAGCAGCAGCAGCCUGAUGAACCCAACCCCAAUGCAAAUGCGGACUCUUUUGCCAUGGACGAUAUACAAGGCGACUCUGGUCUGGUUGACAUGGACGGCAUGGAUAUGAUGGACGACUCGCUCAUCGACAUGGAUGGCGACAACGGCGACAUCACUUUCAUCGACCGCGAUGACGACGAGACCUUUGGAGAGGAGCCAACUGCAGUCGACGCCCCUGCUCUUCCCGACCCGCAGCCAGCCGAGCAAGUCGAGGCUCCAGCGCCGGCUGAGCCCUCAGAGAUCACUGCCGCCCCGGAGUCAGAGAUUCCUGCAGCGGUUGUCGACGCCCCUGCACCCGAACCGGCAGAACUUGUCACGAGAGCAGAGGAGAGCGCAAUCCCCGCAGCAACAGCCGACGCAAGUCUAGGCAACGAACCCGACGUCUCCGCAGUCACGGAGCAGACUACCGCGCCGCCUGUCGCGGAAGAGGACACUACGGAGCCGCCGCUUGGAAACGAUGCCGACAUUUUCGGCGAUGGUACUUUCGACGAUCUCCCUGAUAUGGGCGGCGACGUGGACGAUGAUGGGGACGGGUUGAUUGACUUUGGGGAAGGGAUGGAUGAGACGGGUUUUGGAGACGCGAUGCACGGGAUGGAUGAUGCUGGUGUCGGUGGCGAUUUGCAGGCCGAUGUCCCUGAGGCGCAGGCACAGACGGGUGGGGAAGGUGCUGCUGAGCCUGAGGCCGAAGCCGCGCAGCAGGUCCAAGAGGGGUCCUAGGACGACGACUUCAUUCGCGGGACCCCGAGUGACACCGCACAGGAUGCGGAGGGCGUGCAACUUCUCAGAAGCAAC